AGCUUCAGUCGAUUCUUAAUUCGAGCGACCCUAUGGAAUCUUGUCGAUAGCAACCGGAACCUCGAUUCGCACACGAACCUUGGCGCAACUGUGCCUUUCUCGAAAUGGCGCCGACGAGCGCCGCGGUUGCUGGCUUAUUGAAGCAGACCGUUUAUUAUCAUCUUGAUAAUCUUUCUUACCAGAACGCUCUCUUCUUCGCCGAAAGACUUUUUGCGCAUGAUCAGCGUUCGCCCGAGUCCGCAUUUCUCCUCGCCCUCUCCCACUUUCACCUCGGCGAUCCUCGGUCGGCAUAUGAAGUCAGUAAACCCCCGGGCUGCCGUGGCGUACAUCUCGGGUGUUCUUUCGUCUUCGCACAGUCCUGCUUGGACCUGGAACGGUACAAGGAUGGCAUUACAGCUCUGGAGAAGGCACGGCCGUUGUGGUCGGCCAAGUGCAGCGUUGGGAGGCACACAACCUCGGCCAGGGCACCAUACCCCGAUGCAGCUACAGUAAACUGUCUCCUCGGCAAGCUAUACCGGGCAUACGACGACAAGAAAAGGGCAAUACCCUGCUUCGAGGAUGCGCUGAGAGCCAAUCCGUUCAUGUGGGACGCUUUUACCAUUCUUUGCGACAUGGGCGUCAAUGUGAUGGUGCCGAACAUUUUCAAGCUUAAUGACACUUUUGCUCGCAGCUUCGACCAAGACCCGGGCAUCAUACACGUCGAUUCCAGUGGAGGCCCUCCUGAGCCUUUGCAAAGGAGAGCUGGCAUCCAGCCCGUCGGCCACGACGGUGAUCCGUUCGAGGGACACCGGUCAACGGCGUUUCAAGACGUCUCGAGCAACAAUAUGCUGUUUGUCAAUCCUGGUGAAAACGAUUUGACGUUCAAGCUUAAUACGGCUCCGAGAUAUGCGGCGAACAGGCAUGGGACCGAUGGGAUGGAAACUCCGACUGGCCCUACCGCCGCUCCCGACGCCCAGGCGCCUCGCGCCGGCCUCCCAUCGGAGCCACCAUUGGCUCCGACUCGCCGUACGCGGGCAACCCAGGCCUUGGAACCAAACUUCAUUGAUGUACCGCCAAAGAUGAGCUAUCGCUUGGGCUCCAGGAAAAGAGAGAAAGGUCAAGACCAGAUGGCGGAUCCGCCAGAAGUGGCCCCACGAGCGCCCGCGUUUACUUUAUCAGCACCAGAGAGGAAACGGACAGCAUCAGGGCAGCCGAUACAGCCACGCCCGGCCAACGGCGAGGAACCGAGGAGGAGCGCGAGGCUUAACGUGGCUCCCAGAGCAGCGUCGUCGAGGGUCAACUCCAAUGCCCCUACGAUUGGUACGACCACGAACCGCGAGUUGAGAAAGGCUAGGCCCCCGAUCUCAAGGAUUGCACGCCCAGGUUCCAGCGGCACCGGCGUCGGCAGGGUUGUUAGUGGGAAUCGGAAGCCUUUGGAGGAAAACAGUAUGGAUAUUGACCAAGCUGAGGUUCCGCGGUUGAAGGAGCCGUCCGUUCCGCUGGCCAAACUGGUUGAGCCUGAACCGGUGAGGGCAGACGAGGGGCUGAAAUGGAUCCUGGAUUUUCUGAAAAAGAUCGCAUCCGGAUAUCGCCUCUCGGCACAAUUCCAGUGUCAAGAAGCCCUCCAUGCUUUCUCCUCACUCCCUCGAAAUCAUCAGGACACCCCAUGGGUAUUGGCGCGGAUUUCCAGGGCCCACUAUGAGUUGGCUAACUAUGCAGAGGCCGAGAAGUUCUUCAGGCGCCUCCGUAUACUCGCUCCGACGCGCCACGAGGACAUGGAGGUUUUCUCCACAGUGCUAUGGCAGCUGCAGAAGAAGACGGAUCUCUCGUUCCUCGCACACGAGCUCAUCGAGGCGGUGUGGGAUUCACCGCAAGCUUGGUGCGCGCUAGGAAAUGCGUUCUCUUUGGCGUGCGACCACGAACAAGCGCUGCGAUGCUUUAGACGCGCCAUUCAGCUGCACCCAAGCUUUGCGUAUGCGUAUACUUUGCAGGGACACGAGCACGUGGAAAAUGAAGAAUACGACAAAGCGUUGGUGGCAUAUCGCCAGGCAAUUGCCGCUGACAAGCGGCACUACAACGCAUACUACGGGAUUGGGAAAGUCUAUGAGAAGCUGGGAAACUACGAAAAAGCGCUGAGCCACUAUCACUCCGCGCUGCAGAUCCACCCGACGCAUGCCGUCUUGAUCUGCUGCAUGGGAACGAUCCUGCAGAGACAGAAGCAGAUAGUCCAAGCUCUUCCUUACUUCACCAAGGCCGUCGAGCUAGCGCCUCGGGCGCCGGAGAUGCGGAGCAAGAAGGCCCAGGCGUUGUUGGUGACCGGGCAGCUGGAGGAAGCAAAGAGAGAGCUCCUGAUUCUCAAGGAUAUUGCGCCCAACAACGCCCAGGUCCAUUUCCUCCUAGCCAAACUUGCCAAGACGCUUGGAGAUAAGAAAACGGCGGUGCGGCAUUUCACUAUAGCGCUGAGUCUCGAUCCGAAGGCCAGCGGCGAAAUAAAGAACGAGAUCGGCGCUCUUGAGGACGAGGACUGUUUGGACGACUCCAUGAUGCCUUGAUGCCCAUCGGUGACGAACGCCACAACAGACGCCUAAUCCUACGAUUCCUCAUGGUUACCAACAGAAGAGCCACAUACUCGACUGAGUAUUCCCUCGUGCUUGGAGGCGGCGUACAGCGCGCUCGACGCGUUUGGGAG